CGCACAUAGCGAGCAUCGCGAUAUAUUUACGCAAACGGGGAGACCAAGGAGGAACGGUGGCAACGGUCCAGCAGACACGACGUUACAGAAAUAGAUUUCGGCGGCGAUGCAACGGCCGCCCGCGGACGAGCAGCGCCGUUCAAACCGACACCAGAGACAAGGCCCAGUAUCGUGUGGACUAGUUCCCGAGAAAAACCGGAAAAGUCAACCCCGGCGAGGUGUCCCACAUGAACAACCCGGGAGCUGAAAAAUGGCGACCAAUGGCCAUAUCGAAUCCAUCCACAAAGUUGAGAAUGGCAAGAUCCAUGCCCCAUUGGGUCCUGACGCAGCAGCAAGCAGAGCAACAACAUCGUCGGCCCCCGACGCCUCCGAAAAUCCCGCCACCGUCGCUCUCCGGGGACUGUGGAGACCCCGACUACGAGAUCAUCGAGUUUCCGACCCGACCGCAAGCCCAGAAACCCUCGAUGCCCCAAUCGAAUGUUGGUAAGUGCGCUCUGUGCGGCACCGAGAACGUGUUCGCGCGUUGCGACACGUGCAACGAGAACUUCUGCGAGGCCUGCGACGACAUGAACCACAAGCAUCCGAAGCGGAAGGGCCACGUCCGCAGAAGGAUCCUGACCGCCAACGCAAGCAGAAGCAAACCGCCACUCCCACCGAAGGGGGAGAACCUGUUGAAUCCUCCACCAGUGCCACCACCGCGGAGGAAUCGCAAGACCUCUCAGGCUAAAUCAGCGUUAAUCAAAGGAUCUGCGCAACUUUCUUUGCUCGACAAGGUGGGGAGCUUGAAGCGCAAUUUUUCCAAUGCAAAACCAUCGUUGGACUCGAGCGCGAGAGUGUCAAAAUCUACGAAUACUUUAAACACGUCUUCCAACGAUGCUUCAGGAUCAGGAACAGAUAAAAUGACUACUCUACAGGAGAGAUAUAGAAAAUACCAGGAAGUGAUGAGGGCUCAAGAUGCGAAUAGGCGACGACACCCAUCCGCUGACACGAAGGACACUUUGAGCGGAAAACCAUUCAGCGUAGGCAGUCCAAAACCGGCACCGCCACUUCCGCCUCCGCCGCCACCUAGAACUAUGAUACAAUCAGCCAGCGUUUGCGACUUAACCGCUGCUCAUAUGUGGAAUACAGGAAUGCAUCAGGCCCAAUCAAUAGCACAUCUCGGACCCGGCGGCAUGCCGAUGAUGUGGUAUCCACCGGUUAACUCCUGGGAUGUAUCGAUGGGAGGUUCCAAUCUGAGCCUGCAUCAUCCAAGCAUGUGGGGAUAUCCCAUGGGCUAUCCGUCAGCACAAAUGCUACCUUCGCAUUAUCCAGGAUCUCUUUCUAGAGGGCACAGUCCAGCCAGAAGCGUUAAGUCUAGAAGAUCGAGACCGGCGUCUCCAUCUCCUAGUUUGAAAUCCAGGAAGUCUUAUGUUUCAAGAUCGCGAUCGAGAAGGUCGCCCGGGUCACCAUCAGAUGCGAGUUCUGAGAACUCCGACGAGUCCGAUAUAGACGACAGACUUUCCCGUGGAUCCAGAAGUAGACGCGGCAGUGUUCCCAAAAGCAUACGACAACGAAGCUAUCACGAUGAAGAUACUAGAAGUCUCGUCUCCAGAGGUCGACGAGAAAGAUUAAUGACCGAGGAGAAAAUGAUGAGUGCCGAAGACCAAUGGUCCGAAAGUCCGUCCAGUAAACGAUACUCGACAUCUUCGAGAAGUUAUGAUGAAUUUCAAAAGAGCAACACUAUCUCUUCUGGACGACGUUACGAUCACGAUGAUCGUUCGGUUUCCAAGAUGGAUCCUCGACUGGAUCGCAUUCAGAAUGGAAAUUAUCGCGAUCGCCGAAGGCGAAGUACCGACGACGAGUACUCUGAUAGAAAAGUUAAUACGCCGAACCGAGCACGAGUUACGAGCUCAUCUGAAGAUCAUUUCGAGAGGGUGGAGAACGCUUUGAAAAGGGCGUCAUCCCUUCGAAGGGACAUAAUGUUGGAUGAUCUGGAACGAUCCUCUCAUCGCGAUUCUCGUAGAUCGUCCUUUGACAGCGACGGUCAGAUUAAGAAGACGCCUUCUCGAGAAAUAACUUCCCCGAAAAGAACACCUAAAGAAAGAACGCGUCUUCUGGAAAGACAGUCUUCUCAAGGAGGACAUUCGGAUCGCGCGAAUAAGGACGAAGUUGAAUCACAUUUAACAAAAAAAGAACAACAAAGGCGCGAUAUCUCACGAGAGCGCGAACUCCUCACGAAAAGAGAGUCGUUCCGGCAAAAGGAUAUUGAUGAUUUAGACCAAACCUCCAACAAACGAAGUUCCGGAAAAUCUUCUUUCGAAUCCGACAAUCAAAGUGUCAGAAAAACGCCCUCUAAGGAAAUACCGAUAAGGAAAGAGAAGGACAAAGAAGACGCAGCAUUACCUGAAACAAUAGGUAAUCUUCAAGUUACGGACCGUCAGCGAUCGAUUGAUAAAGACCGUCAGUUGAAGGAUCCGAUACGAACUGCCGAAACUCAACAGAAGAGACAGGAUAGUACUGAGACGAAACAGCAGAAAACGCGAACUCAAUCUCAGAAGGAACCAAAGAUAGAAAAGAGAGACACGGUUGAAAGUACAAGUGCAUCAUCCAAGAAAAUCGCGUCCGGUGAGACAGUCGUGAUGGAAAUUCCGAAAGAGGAAUGGGCUUGCGAGCAUUGCACCUUUAUCAACAAGAUCAACGAUCGCGUCUGCGUGGUUUGUUGCAAGACGAGGAGCAGCGCUUUGCCACCAAGCAUCUUGAACAAUGACCCCGUGGCCGAGCCGAUUGAGCCGCGAGCACCGAAAAAUGAGAUAUCGAAUAACGUCGGCGAUCCCAAUCACGAUCCUGAGAAGCGGACCAAGAAGAUCUCCAACAGCGAAGAGAGCGGCGACAGCGGAUCCGUUAAGAAUAAAGAAGCGAUUGCUCCAGACAAUGGUUCUCUUGUAGAGAACUCUGAAACUACGAUGGCUGUAGCUUCGCAAGCAAAAGAAGCGUCGUUGAAAUCGGUAAAUGCGACAUCGCCAGUCGAUGAGAAUUUGUCCUUAGAAGCAUCAUCGUCAGUGUUAACAUCUUCUUCGGUUACAAAUACUUCUAAGGCAGACAAUACGAACACGAUGUCAGACGAGGAAAAGAUUCGAGGGAAACUUUUGAAGAGCCAUUCGAUAUCUACGGGAACAUCUCCUCCACCGCAGAGCAUCUCGACCCAAACUUACGACUAUCUCCCUGCAAAAGGAACUCUCAGAAGAUCCGCGUCGACAGCAACGUCAAAGAGUUACUCUUAUUACGAUGAUAGCGAUGGUGAGGAACAAGCCGGAUUCGUAAAUAGUCCCGAUUUGUAUCCACGAACAUUACAGGAACAGUAUCUUCAGCAGUUGAUAAUCGAUCACAGAAGCAGAGAGCGGAUCAGAAGAAACUCCAUCGACUCGUCUCACCUUUAUUAUCGUUCCAGGGAACCCAGCCAAUCAAGAUACACGGAGGCAGGUUCCAGUACCAGUCAAGCAGUCUCCACGUUGACCCGCCAAGGAUUGGAGAUAGUGGAGCUCUUGCGGGAAGCCGAGAAGCAGGGAUUCACGACUGAUGACGUUCAAGUCGCUUUGGCGCAAGGCGCACCGAAUCCUAUCGAGUGGCUUCAGACGCAGUGGCCGCAUCUGGUGGAGACUGUGCAGAUUUUGGUGAUCGCGCAGGGCAAAGAAUUGAAGGAGAAUAGCAUCGGUGUGCUCUCACCAGCCGAAGCGAAAGAAGCCCUACGAUCAGUCAAGGGCGACAUGUGGAAUGCAGUUGCGAUAGCUAUUCAACGCAGGCAGCAGAAAUGCGAACAGAUCAUGGCAAAGGGAAACUUUGCGCUCACAGACGUUAUCAGGGCUCUUGAUAAUAACGCUGGUAUCGAAGAUGCUACUCUGCUUGAGCUGCAGAAAAAUCAGCUCAAGCCUUUUUUAAUGAGGAUCUGGGGUCCUCCGGUCGGGGUGGAAAACGAGGAGGCUGCACCGCACGAAGACGCAGCGGGUGCGGUCGGUGGUGGGACGGGGCUUGAUUCCACGGAACAAGUUUCGAAUGUGUUCGAUACGGAGGCGCAGAAGCAGGUAAUGUCACCAAUUGUUGAUCAUUUCGUGGCGUUGCAGGCCGACUUUCAAAAGCAACUGGCAGCCCUCAGAGAACUGACCGAUAACUGGCGACACGAGAAAGAUCCCCCGAAUCAAUUGGGUAAUAAUAAGUCUGAUAAUCUGUACGACCACUCUGAUGAGCCCACUGUUCUAAUUGAUGCAAAUCUGGUCCCAAGGGCCGUACAACAAGCGCUCGACGUAGCGGAACCAAGCAAUCUUACGAUCACGCGGCAAGAACAGACGACCGUAGAUUCACGGGAUGACUCAAAGUACUCGUUGAACACUACGAAAUCAACAGAAGGCUUGGACCAAUUAGAUGCCGCGUUGCCCACAGAAAUUCCCGCAUCCACAGUCGAUGAUCUCGCGAAGACAAAUGCAAUGGACUCCUCACAUACGCUUGAAUACUCCUCGAAAAUUAACAACGCUGAUGGUUCCGGAGAAUCGACGAUUGACCUCGACAAAAGUGUUGUGCGAAUUACUGAAUCCAAUCUGCUAAAAUUUGAUGGUCAGAAGAACGACGAAGUGAAACAAACCGCGCGGUUGCACGAAGAGACGAGAGAAACGCGUGCUGACACCUCGACUACAUCGAUCGAUGAAACUGCAGUGGCGACGGAAGUUAUGAAUUUACUGGAGGGACAGGAAAGAUUAUUACCAAAUAACGCCGGAGUUGAAGUAUCCUUAUCACAUAGAACUUCUGCGCUUGACACAACGAAUAAUACGGAACCGGGUCAGUCCUCUUCUACGCGCCAGGAAACUUUGAGUGGUCCUGAAUUACUUUCUGAUAUAGCAAGACAGAGCACCGCGAUGGGGAAUAGCGAGUCACUCGUCGAAGUUGGGAAGUCUGUAGAAUUGAGCGGAGCACUUCGUAUCUCUUUCCCAAAUUCGAGUGUUCCCCAACGAGCCGAUAUAUUGCCGCAGCAUACAUCGCGGGACGAAUCCUCAAUCGCGGAUACGGUGAACGUGACGGAGAAAGUACACACGGGCGCAUCCGAAAGGGAUCUUUCCGCACGGGAGCAAUCUGAUCAGCGUGUCAUAAAGGAAAUCCCCACGCAGAACGACGGGCCGCACGUCGUGGAAGUUCUACUGUCUGCCGUGAAAUCACUGCCGGAACAGUUUUUAACGCCGUUCAUAACAGCGAUGCAAAUGCUGUCGCCCGGAAAAGGUGAUGUCAACGUAACUUCCGAUGUGCAACUUAUGAACCAAUUAAAUACUUUACACAGCCUGAAAAUUGACGAUCAUAAAACUACGACGACAACGGAUAUUCCACCAAGAAUUGAUGCUGAGGAGAAGCCCGUUUCUGCAGCCGUGCUUGAAAACAAAAUUGGAUCGCAGUCGCUUUCGGAAAAAAGUCAAGAAGGUAAACAUUUGGAGAAAGGUCCUGAAAAACUGAAAACCAACAAGAUUAUUGAUAAGGAGAUCGCAAGAUCUAAGGUUCCGGAAUUUCGGAUGGUGAAGUCUCGGUCGAGCGUUCCAGACAUUAAGCAACAACAUCAGGAUGUCAGAUCGGUAGGUACAGACACGAACGAGUCUAACAUUUCGCGAACUAACAUCGCAACGGAUCUGACGUUUUCCGAUUCGAUGAAUGUAAUGGACAAAGACACUCCUGAAAAAUCUCGGGUUAUGAACGAGGCGGUAACAUCAAAUGUAGGAGUAGCUGAAGCGUCACAAACGGACGUCGCCGGGGAAAUAUAUUCACGUAAGAAUUCUUUAGAGAUAGUCGACGUGUCUGCAAGAAGUAAUAAUCAAGGAGACUCUGUCGGAGACGAAAUCGUAUCGAAGGCAAAAUCAGUUGAGGAAAUGCAUUCAGGUGAAUUAUCGAGUUCUCACGUACAACCGUUAACAAUAUCUUCAACGCAUGAUCAAUGUGUCGUCCAAAAAUCUCUCGAGCUUACAUUCGAUAAUUGCUCGACUGAUGCAUCAUCAUCAUCAAAGGAAGCAGAAAGCCCUUCCGAAAAAGCAUCUCAUGAAAAGCUUCUCGUUGAUAAUACAGACAUUGAUUCACUCCUAAAAAAUAACUCGUCACGAGACAAAAGUUCAUUAGCUUCUAUAAAUGAUUUUAACGUGGAAAAAUCUACUUCUCAAUCAAUAACGGAAAUAAAUGUUUCACAAGAAGACUCGAUCGUUCAUAAUUCUAACGCUGAUCAUUCGACUGUUUCAUAUGAAGUAAUAAUGAACGCGACUAAUAUGGCAAAUAAACAGGAUAUUAACAAACCGGACGAGCGACAAUUAAACGAUUCAUCUCAUGCGCAUGUUUCAACGUCAGCUUCACCAAUCUCGACAACUUUAUCUCUCACAAAAGUAAAUUCAUCUUCUGAUCAUCCUCUCGACAUUAAAUCACCGCUCGUCGAAAUAUUCGAUAAUCAAGGAACGACAUUGCGUCAUGAUAAAAAUGAUACAAAGCCGAUCGUUUCGAAAAAUGCGGUGCACGUUUCGGAAAAAGUAGAACAGACAAUUUCGGUCACAUAUCACACUCCCGCGAGCGACGAUAAAAAUGAAACUACGUUGAAAGAAAACGUGCCUGUUGAGCAAAAUACGGCCAAUAAUUUAUCCAUUACUCAAUCGCGGACCAUUGAAAGUAUCGUACCACCAUUAACACAUUCGCACGCCGCUAUGGAAAUAAAUUUAAAUAAUCUACGUAAUGAAGAGAAGGAAAUUAUAUUUGUCUCGGCAAAAUCUGACAAUUUAAUGAUUGAACAGACCUCAGAUGUUCAAUCUUUAACAGAUUCACAGAAUAUUAUAAAUCAAGAUCAAUUAUCCAAUCCGACAAAUAAUCAAGAAAUAAUUACACUUCCACAUAAUCACAUAACGCAUACAAAAAUAAUAUCACCCUCUUUAUCAAAAAAUAAUCUUGAUGUUAAUACUUACCCUAAAAAUAUUUCGCAUCUUGAAAUAUCAAACAGCUUUAGUGAUCUCAAAAUUUCAAAAGAUAUUAAAAUUCCAGAGAAUAGUGAAACAGUAUCUAUUCCUGAAAUUUCAAAAUCUAUUGGUAACAAUUCUGUUGCAAAUAUUAAUAACUUUCCCGACGAAAAUAUACAUAGUCAAUUAAGUGAAUUAUCAAAUAGUAAUAAUGAUAUACCAGAUAACACAUCUCCUCGAUUAUCUGUCGAACAUGUUCUCUCUUUAGAAUCGAAAAAAAGUAUUUCGAAUCUCAUAAAUCCUGACGAGGAACUUCAUUUUAGAGACGAAGUUUCUCAAUCUGACGAUGACAAGAGACAAGACAUAAAAAUGUCAAAUUCAACGACAAGAAAUAUCUUACAUGCGCUUAAAAAUUUCAAUAUAUUCUUUACAACACCGACCGAGGAGAGAAAUAUCGCUUCAACAGUCAACGAAGACUCCUUCCCGGAUUCUAUUAUAGCAAAUGUCAACGACGCGACGCCCGGAAUACCUGACACUUUUGAAAUAAAGGUCUCAGAAUCGCCAGUAACAACGGUAAAUGAUUGUGCGCCGAUAAAAAAUAUCGCAAAUAUCGUUGAACGCGAAACGGGUCAGAUUGAAGGUGUUGAUACAAUGAGGAAUGCGAAAAAUGUCGAUUCGUCCGGAAAUGAAAUUUCAAUCAUAGCAUCUAACGAACAGGUUGAGCCAUCAAAAUUAUCGAAUAAUGAAAGUUUGAUAGAAAAAAGUACAGAACAAGUAAAUCAAUUUCAUAAAAGUGUGAUCGCGAAACCCGUUGUGAAUUGUAGAUCGAGAUCGCCUCUUAAAAAGAUCGUUCGAAGAAAGUCGCCCGUUAAGAUAGUAAAAAAAUUAGCAAGCGUACCGAAAAAAAAUUUAGCGUGGAAAAGCACAAAUCCGUACAGUACGACCAUCACAAAAGUGAAAGCAACGGUUAGCGAAGUUACUAAAAGGUCGAAUCGAGCAAUGCAGUCCAAUGAAUCGCGAAUUAAAAAACUCUUAAAGCCCACCGCGAACGAUAAGACAGACAAUAAAAAUAAAUUAGUUACAAAAGAACCAGAUAAAACUGUUAAACAAUCACUGAAUAAUCCUAGCGUGCAAAAAACUGGCGAUACUACGGGCGAUAUUAAAAUAAAUGAUGAUAAAAAGGUUUCUAUGUCCAGUAUAGAAAAAAUAUCGAUAGUCAAUAACGCGACCAAUUUCGAUCCCCAAACUAAAGUACCUAUUGUUAAAAAAUAUAAUGGAAAUAAAUUGGAAAAUUUUAAAAAGAGAACGUCGAAAUAUCCUAAAAAUAUAAUUAUUGAAGAUAUUCGAAAUAAAAAUCCGGGAAGCUCAAAAAAUGUAAAAGCGGAGACUUUUGAAAAUCAAGCAAUAAAGAAGAUAAAUCACAAAAUUGAAUUUUCGAACGACGAUAAAGUUUUAAUAAAAAUGGAAAAAUGUAAUUUAAAAUCUAAAACGUUUUUACCAUCAAAAAUACCCAUUCUAAUGCGACGAAAAAUCACGCAAUUAACAGAUAGUGCCUCAUCAAACUUUUCUAAAAUAAAUUUAAAUGACACGUCUUUAUUAAAGAACGCAUCAACUAAAUUGCCAGUAAUGUCGCCAGCAAUUUCGAAAUUAUCUUUAAAAAUUCCGGAAAAAGCUAAUGUAUCGAACUCGCCAACCAUGCAGAAAAUUGAUUCUAAGGAUACUGACAAACUGAAGAGAAAUCAAAUUAAUUCUAAUGAUAGAGCAAUUGAAAUUACAGAAAAUGUGAAAGACAAGCAAAUCUUGGAAGAGAAUCAUGCUAAAGAAAGUACUGUGGAAAAUGAAGAAACCGAAGAACCUCCGAAAGUUAAGUCAAUAGAAUCGGAAUUAAACGAGAAUUCACAAGCGUCGAACUCGACGCAUAACGAUCCGUCCGCAGAUCUUGGCAAACAAUUGGAAGUCGAAAACGCAAUCGAGGAAAGCUCGGAUGCUUUCAACUCCGAUUCCGAGUGUUCUGAAGAGGACGAAGACACAGGAACGGCGAAGUACAUUUCUGAUCAUAACUCGGAAUACAAUUCUGUCGAGGAAUUCACGGACGCGGAGUUGUUGUUGGAGAAAACGUUAAAUGAGAUAAGGUCUGAAAUAUCGGAGUCUGAAGAAGAGUGCACAAGCGAAUCCGAAGAAAGUGAGGUCGUCACUUAUUCGUACGAGACGGAAAGCCACGAUCAUGAUUCUACAUCGUCCGAAGACUCGGUCGAUGAACAGGAGAUUAAGUCAAGUGAAUUGGAAGAUUCGAUGGAAGAUGUAUAUGAAGAAUUAUCGUCCGAAGGGGAAGAGACGAAUGAACAAGUCGAAACUUCGCAACAAGUUGAAGUGCUUGAUAAAGAGACCGACGUUAUAAUACACAACGAAAUAAAUGACAAUGAAACCAGCAUUUCGAACAGAAUGGAGAGUAAUUCUCAGGUUACGCAAGAUAAAGAAAAUAAUUUGAAGGCACCAACGAAAGCUGCUACUACAGUCGUAGAAUUACCUCGGACGGAAAUAAACUCGGAAAUUAAUGAAAACACAUUAGAAAUUUCUCAGAAUCUUAAAGUAGAUUCUAACAUUGCUGUAAUAGAUUCGGCGACAGCAUCUUCAGCGAAUAUCAAGCAAGAUACAAAUUCUAAAGAAAAUAUCCAGUCACAAAUGAAUGGCUCGAAGAAGAAUGAGACAAAGCUUGAAGUUGUGAGCGAAAUCGAGCAAAGAGAUCAAUCGACAAUGCAGACCGACGCGAUAAAGACACUGAGAGUCACGAGCCGCGAGUCACGAGAUAAACGCGUGAAAGUAGGUCGAAGAGCGAGUACGGGUAGUAAAGAGGUCAAAAUCGAGAAAGAUGAUACAUUAAAGGGGGUGGAUCGGGCGCGAGCGCCCAAGAAACGAUUUUCCCUCGUAGCCAGUUUCAUCCGUCGGUUCGAGGGCGAAGAGAAUGCCGAAAGGGAAAGCAUCAGGCGCAAGAGACAAGGAUCUCCCAAAACGGAGCGGGAGAGAAUAGCGCGUCGUCUCCUGGCAGAGGGUCGAGCCGCGAAUUACGAUGAGGCCGAGGUCGCCGCUAGUUUGCUAACUCUCAAGUUCGGGGACACCGAAGCACUCCAGGCCGCGAAAGAAUGCUCCAGCAUAGAAUCGGCGCUAGCUUUCUUGCAGCAGGAGUGCGAGCUGUGCACCGGUCGUUUCGCGAUGAGUCAAAUCGUGUCCAUGCUGAAGUGUAUACAUCGCUGCUGCAACGAAUGCGCGAAGAAUUACUUCACCAUUCAGAUCAGCGACAGGAACAUCACAGAUGCCGUUUGUCCGUAUUGCAAGGAGCCUAAUCUCAAGGAUGCGAGCGAAGACGAAGUUCUAGAGUAUUUUAGCAAUUUGGACAUCCAAUUGAAGACUCUGCUGGAUCCGCCAAUACAUGAGCUCUUUCAGAGAAAACUCAGAGAUCGGACUUUGAUGCAGGAUCCAAAUUUUAAGUGGUGUAUUCAGUGUUCAAGCGGAUUUUAUGCUGAUCCUGAUCAUAAGCGCUUAAUCUGUCCCGAUUGUCGAUCUGUCACUUGUGCUUUUUGCCGAAGACCGUGGGAAAAACAACAUGAGGGAAUCUCAUGCGAGAAAUUUGCCGCUUGGAAGGAUGAGAAUGAUCCCGACAAUCAAGCCGCAGGUUUGGCCAAACAUUUGGCCGACAAUGGCAUCGAUUGUCCUAAAUGCAAAUUUCGUUAUUCGCUGUCUCGAGGAGGUUGCAUGCAUUUCACGUGCAGUCAGUGUAAAUAUGAGUUUUGCUGCGGUUGCGGCAAGGCUUUCAUGAUGGGAGCAAAAUGUGCGGUCAGCCCUUAUUGCGCUAAACUGGGCCUGCACGCCCAUCAUCCACGCAACUGCCUCUUCUACCUUCGUGAUAAGGAGCCGGCGCAGUUGCAGCAGUUACUCAGAGAAAACGACAUCAAUUACGACACCGAAGGAUCCGUCGGACAACGCAAAUGCAAGGUGCAACUGCAGAAAGAAACGCCGACCGGGGUCGUGGAUGCUGUGUGCAAUUCGGAUGUUGUCGAGGGCCACGCUGGUUUGUGCAGGAUUCAUUACGUCGAGUAUCUAGUUCGAAAGAUCCGUUUGACGCAGCUGGAACCGCUGCCCUUGCUAAACGUGGACGAUCUCGAAACGUGCGUGCGACGCGCCGGGCUGAAACUGCCCGCGAACUGGUACGGGCGCGACCCGGAGCAUUACAGGAACGACCUGGUUAAGGUCGUAAAGCAGGAGAUUCCACUGGAGUGACUGCGGAGAAUCU